AUAGGCUAUCUGUUUUAGACACCCCACUCAUUAAUUCUCUGCCUUCCAUAUCUUCUUCAUCUUUUAUUUUUUUCUUCUCUUUCCCAUCUAUACCAUACCAUACUUAUGUUAUGAUCUUCCCAUUCAGUCCACUAUUCAUUGUUCAAUUUUAUAGUUGUUUGUUGAUUGUUGUAUGAUCAACUUAUCUAGGUCAUACCCAAUAGCCUAUACUAUUCAAAGAUUCCUUCUUUGAGUUAUAUUUGCAUGUUCCUUUCCUUUUCUCAUUUCUUUGUUAUGUAUUCUUCUUCUUCUUCUUCUCCUUCUUGUCCGAAUUUGUAGUUAUGCAAAAUGGAGAUAGAGGUGGCUAGCAGUAGUUAUAGUACUAAAAGUGACAGUCUCGGUACUAACGGAGGUGGUGACAGCAGUAACACUAGCAAUAGCACAUAUCACACUAAUAUUGCAGUCUCAGGUGGUGGAGAAGAGAGAGGGACUUACUUAGUUUGGGAAAGUCUAACAGUGGUGUUGCCAAAUUUUGGAAAUGGACCAACAAAAAGGUUGCUUCAAGGGCUUAGUGGGUUUGCUGAGCCUGGAAGAAUCAUGGCUAUUAUGGGUCCUUCUGGGUCUGGAAAAUCUACUCUUCUUGAUUCACUUGCAGGUAGACUCUCAAGAAACGUAAUAAUGACUGGAAAUGUUCUUAUCAAUGGAAAGAAGAGGAGGGGGGACUCUGGCGUUGCUUAUGUGACACAAGAGGAUAUAUUGUUAGGAACUCUUACGGUCAGAGAAACCAUAACUUAUUCAGCAUAUUUGAGGUUUCCAAGUUGCAUGACCAAAGAAGAGAUUGAAGACAUUGUAGAAGGAACACUCAUGGAAAUGGGUCUCCAAGACUGUGCUGAUCGGCUGAUUGGAACCUGGCAUUUAAGAGGCAUAAGUGGAGGUGAAAAGAAGAGACUAAGCAUUGCACUAGAAAUCCUUACAAGGCCGCGGCUCUUGUUUCUUGAUGAACCUACUAGUGGCCUAGACAGUGCAUCCGCAUUCUUCGUAAUUCAAACUCUUAGAAAUAUAGCUCGCGACGGAAGAACAGUUAUCUCUUCCAUUCACCAGCCAAGUAGUGAAGUUUUUGCACUCUUUGAUGAUCUUUUCCUGCUAUCUGGUGGUGAAACUGUUUACUUUGGAGAAGCAAAGAUGGGUGUAGAGUUCUUUGCUGAAGCUGGUUUUCCAUGUCCAAGUAGAAGGAAUCCAUCUGAUCACUUCCUACGUUGUGUAAAUUCAGAUUUCGAUGCCGUAACAGCCACACUGAAAGGAUCUCAAAGAAUUCGAGAUGCCCCGGCAACAUCAGAUCCUUUGAUGAAUAUGGCAACAGCAGAGAUAAAAUCGAGGCUUGCUGAGAAAUAUAGGCGCUCAAACUACGCAAGAAAGUCAAAAGAUAGGAUCAAAGAGAUCUCAGCCAUGGAAGGACUUGAAAUUGAAAUAAGAAGUGGAAGUCAGGCAAGUAGGUGGAAGCAACUUCGAACAUUGACCAAAAGAUCGUUUCUGAACAUGUCCAGAGAUGUGGGAUAUUACUGGGCACGAAUAGCAAUCUACAUAAUUGUUUCUAUUUGUGUUGGUACUAUUUAUUAUGACCUGGGAUUUGGCUAUACCGCAAUCUUGGCUAGGGUAGCUUGUGGUGGUUUUAUAACAGGCUUUAUGACAUUUAUGUCUAUUGGAGGCUUCCCAUCCUUCAUAGAAGAAAUGAAGGUUUUCUAUCGAGAAAAGCUUAAUGGGUAUUAUGGAGUUACAGUGUUUAUCCUGUCCAACUACUUCUCCUCUCUCCCGUUCUUGGUUUCAAUCGCUCUUCUCAGUGGGACUAUAUGUUUUUUCCUAGUGAAGUUCCGAUCGGGUUUUAGUCAUUAUGCAUUCUUCUGUCUCAAUAUCUUUGCCUGCAUUUCUGUUAUAGAGAGCCUGAUGAUGGUUGUAGCUUCAGUAGUUCCCAAUUUCUUGAUGGGUCUGGUUACUGGGGCCGGAAUUAUUGGAAUCAUGAUGAUGACCUCUGGCUUCUUCCGUUUGCUGCCUGAUCUUCCAAAACCAUUCUGGCGCUACCCGGUCUCAUACAUCAACUAUGGAGCAUGGGGACUUCAGGGUGCAUACAAGAAUGAUUUUCUUGGCCUCGAGUUUGAACCUCUAGUACCUGGUGAUCCUAAACUCACCGGCGAAUUCAUUGUCACACAUGUAUUUGGAGUUCCAUUGGAUCAUUCGAAGUGGUGGGACUUAUCUAUCAUCUUUCUAAUUCUUGUAUGCUAUCGGAUUCUGUUCUUCAUUGUUCUCAAGUUCAAGGAGAGAGCUUCGCCAAUCUUCAAGAAUCUUUAUUCAAAGAGAACUUUACAAAAGCUUGAAAGGAGGCCUUCUUUCAGGAAGACACCAUCUAUUGCUUCCAAAAGGCAUCAACCUUUAUAUUCGUUGUCUUCGCAAGAGGGUCUCAACUCUCCACUUCGCUAGAAGCAAAUAAAGUUAGAAGCUAUGGUGGUAGUUACGGUACAAUUUGUGUAAUUUACUACGUCUUGCUUACACAGAAAACAGGAAGAAGAAAGAAUUAUGCUGAAGCUUGUUAAUUAUACAGGGUAUUUAAAAAAUAUUCAUUCUAAUUGAGAUAAUUGAAUAAUAUUAUACAUGGGAAAUCGCCCGCAUUUUCUACUCA